UCUUUAUAAAGGCCAGGCCCCAGCUGCGGAAGGGGGAAGUGGUCUCGAGGCGUCGGCCCGGACUCCGGGGUCCAGCGUGGGAGGCAGAGACCGGAGCAGCCAUGAGCUCCCAGCAGAAUCUACAAGGGGGCAAGGCCUUCGGGGAGCUGAAGGCCCAGCAGGAGAAGGUUCUGGACUCUCUCAAUAAGGAAUUCCUGGACGACCCCAAAUACAGCACAGACGAAGACCUGCCGGAGAAGCUGGAGGCCUUCAAGAAGAAAUACAUGGAGUUCGACCUCAAUGGGAACGGGGACAUUGACAUCAUGGCUCUGAAGCGGAUGCUGGAGAAGCUGGGGGCGGCCAAGACCCACCUGGAGCUGAAGAAAAUGAUCACGGAGGUGACGGGCGGCCUGGGCGAGACCAUCGGCUACCGGGACUUCGUCCACAUGAUGCUGGGCAAGCGCUCGGCCAUCUUCAAACUGAUCCUGAUGUACGAAGACAAAGCCAAGGAGAAAGAGGAGAAGCCGGCCGGCCCCCCCGCCAAGAGGGCCAUCGCUGACCUCCCCUAGCUGCCCCCGGCGCCCCCCCUCCGGGGGCUGUCGGGGGGCCCCGGGCAGGGAGCGUCUCCGCCCCGAUCUGGGGUUCCCGUGGUUCACGUCGCUGCUAGAAACCAAGCCACUAACAACGUCUGCAGGGGGGCCUGGGGGGCAGCACCCAGGCCGGGGGGGCAGGGUGGGGGGAGGCUGGUUUCACGGGGGGUCCUGGGGGGCAGAGCUGAGCCCCCCUCAGUUCACCUCAACAUGACCCCUGGGCUGAGGGUCGUGACCUCUCCCCUCCCCCCCGCCCUCUUUGGCCCUGGCUCUCAGAUCCUGCAAAGGAUUCUGGGAUUGUUAGACCAUGUCACACCCCCCCCACCCGCACGACAUAUGCUAAGCCUGCAAAGGAUUCUGGGAUUGCCCCUCCCCCUACGCCAGACUCACGCCAGCCCCACAAAGGAUUCUGGGCCAGCCAAGGCGGGGGAGGUUAAAGGUCGAGAGCCCCUUGGCACUCAUGGGGUCGGCGUGAGGGGUGAAAGGUCAGAGGUCACAGGGGGUGACCCAUACGUGCGGCAUUGUCAAUAAAGGCCUCUUAAUGAC